CUACAGCUGCAACAGCAAUUGUUCCUUUUUUUCUGAGUGAAGGCGACCCGUGAUGUUUCUCCCGUCCUUUUUCUUCCUUGUUGCUGGAAUUCAAGUUAUUCUAACUUCAGAUAAGGUUAGUGGAGCAGAUAAAGAAGAAUUAUUAAAGAGCCAAUUGAGAGAAUAUGGAAUUAUUACACCCAUCAGCACAGACUCCGAGGGCCACUUCCUGUCACACCUCCUCUCAGCCAAUCACAAGCAGCGGGUGAAGAGGGGUGCUGAGAGGAAUUCAGAACAGCUGUUUUUCAACAUCACCGCCUUUGGGAGGGAAUUUCAUCUGCGGCUGAAGCCCAACCACAGGCUUGUAGCCCCUGGUGCCACCGUGGAGUGGCAUGAUGACGUGGGGGAAUUUGGGAUUGCCACCAGCGCAGAGAAUGGAAAACAGUCUAAUGUCAGCACAGAGCAGAUACUGAGGAAAAAGGCACUCAGAACAGAUUGCACUUUUGUUGGGGGCAUCACUGACCUCCCUGGGGCUUCUGUUGUCAUAAGCAACUGUGAUGGACUGGCAGGCAUGAUUCGCACCAGCUCAGAUGAAUACUUCAUAGAGCCACUGGAGAAGGGCCUACAGGAACAUGAAGAGAAGGGGAGAGUCCAUGUAGUGUACCAGAGAUCAGCUCUUCUGCACGCUCCAGACCUCCAUGCUGAUGAGUUUCCUGACAUCGGAGAAGCACUGCAUGGUCUUGCCCAGAAGGUGAAUCAGACGAUCAGGAAACGCAGACAUGCAGGCGAGGAUGACUACAAUGUUGAGGUGCUCCUGGGGGUCGAUGACUCUGUUGUGAAAUUCCAUGGGCGACAGCAUAUCCAAAAUUACUUGCUUACCCUCAUGAAUAUUGUGAAUGAAAUUUACCAUGAUGAGUCACUUGGUGUCCAUAUAAACAUAGUCCUUGUGAGAAUGAUCAUGCUUGGAUAUACAAAGUCGGUCAGUCUGAUAGAGCGGGGGAACCCUUCACGGAGCCUGGACAACGUCUGCCGCUGGGCGUUCCUUCAGCAGAAAGCUGACCUGCAGGACGCUGAGCACCAUGACCACACUAUCUUUCUGACCAGGCAGAGCUUCGGGCCUGCUCUCAUGCAAGGCUAUGCUCCAGUGAUGGGAAUGUGCCACUCCAUGCGAAGCUGUACCCUCAACCAUGAAGAUGGCUUCUCCUCCGCCUUUGUGGUGGCCCAUGAGACGGGGCACGUGCUUGGGAUGGAGCACGAUGGGCAAGGGAACCGCUGUGGUGAUGAGACGGCCAUGGGCAGCAUCAUGGCUCCUCUGGUGCAGGCAGCCUUUCACCGCUACCACUGGUCCCGCUGCAGUGGCCAGGAGCUGAGGAGACACAUACACUCCUAUGAUUGCCUGCUUGAUGAUCCCUUCAAACAUAAUUGGCCAGAACUUCCUGUGCUCCCUGGAAUGAGCUAUUCAAUGGAUGAGCAGUGUCGCUUUGACUUUGGAGAGGGAUACAAACUCUGCACAUCUCUUCACUCCGUUGAUCCAUGCAAGCAGCUGUGGUGUAGUCACCCAGACAACCCCUACUUCUGCAAGACGAAGAAAGGGCCUCCAGUAGAUGGGACUGAGUGUGCCCCAGGGAAGUGGUGCUACAAAGGCUACUGCCUGUGGAAGAACAUGGACCAGGUCAAGCACGAUGGAAGCUGGGGACCCUGGAGCCAGUACAGCUCCUGCUCACGGUCGUGUGCGACUGGGGUGCGGUUCAGAACCCGGCGCUGUGAAGACCCAAAGCCCUCUAAUGGAGGCCAGGACUGUCCUGGAGUAAACUCUGAGUUUCAGCUGUGUACACUGCAUGAAUGCCCAAAGAAAUCCCAAGACUUCCGGGCACAGCAGUGUCAGCAGCACAACUCUCACUUUGAGUUCCAGGGCUCCAAGCACCACUGGCUGCCCUAUGAGCACCCAGACUCAAAUAAAAUCUGUCACCUGUACUGUCAAUCAAAAGAAACCAGAAGCGUAGCUUACUUGAAACAAGUGGUCUACGAUGGAACACGAUGCUCCUACAGAGAUCCACACAGCAUCUGUGUGCGUGGGGAAUGUCUGAAAGUGGGCUGUGACAAAGAAAUGGGUUCAAACAAAGUGGAAGAUAAGUGCGGGGUGUGUGGAGGGGACAACACUCACUGCAGGACUGUCAAAGGCACAUUGACCCGCACUCCUAAGAAAGCCGGUUUCCUGAAGAUGUUUAUCAUCCCAUCUGGAGUCAGGCAUCUGUCCAUCCAGGAGCAGGAAGCUUCUCCUCAUAUCCUUGCAAUCAAGAAUCAAGCAACAGGACACUAUAUUCUCAAUGGAAAAGGAGGAGAUGUGAGAUCAAAGAAAUUUAUUGAUAUGGGACUGAAGUGGGAUUACAUGGUUGAGAACAACAUUGAGACUCUACACACGGACGGACCGCUGCCGGAUGCCCUCGUUGUUAUGAUUAUACCUCAGGAGAUGGGAAAAAAGUCUACUUUGAUGUUUAAAUACAUCGUACAUGAAGACUCUGUGCCAAUCAAUAAUAACAAUGUUAUUCAGGAAGAAACUUACAAGUGGGCUCUGAACAAUUGGUCACCGUGUUCCAGGCCCUGUGCUGGAGGAGUCCAGUACACUAAAUAUGGAUGCCGCAAAAAUGGUGAUGACAGGAUGGUUGCACAUAAUUACUGUGAUGAGAGCAAUAAGCCCAAGCCAAUCCAUCGUGCUUGCAAUCUCCAGGAUUGUCCCCAUCCACAGUGGAGAGUAGAAGAAUGGGAGCCUUGCACAAAAACCUGUGGAAUUUGGGGGUAUCAGACCCGUACCAUUCGCUGUGUACAGACCUUCCACGAUGACACCACCCGCUUCAUUCACAGCAACUACUGUGGCACAGACAAGCCAGCCACCCAGAGGCCAUGCAACAGGCUCCCCUGCCCCACACAGUGGGUAACUGCAGCCUGGUCGCAGUGCUCUGUGACCUGCGGGGAGGGUUUGCAGCACAGACUGGUGACAUGCCGCACUGGUGACCAAUGUUAUGGUGCCACACCUGAGGCUACAAGACCCUGCGUGCGUAGCCCCUGCCGAGGUGAACCUUGUGUCAAGGAUAGGUCCGUAUUCUGCCAGAUGGAGGCGCUGGGUCGAUACUGCUCCAUCCCAGCCUACAGCAAGCUCUGUUGCGUAUCCUGUGGCAAGCAACACGGGACUUUCCCUGCCCUUCCAUCUGUUGCUGAUGGGGGUUAAGGAAUUCAGUUCAGAUACUGGUCAGCCCACGCUUCAGUUGAGUUGGAAUUAUCGUACCCCUUCAUUGGCAGCUCAUGAAGAUCGCCCCCUCAAAGCCUCAAAACAGCUACAUUAGCAGAGGAAACCUUUUCAGCCUGCUGUAUGUCCACUGCCAGCUUCAUCUCCGAAGAUGAAGCACAUUACGGCCAGUGCGAAUGUAGGUCCUUUGA